AAUAUUUACUCGUAAUUCAAAAAUCCCCCAAAGCCCCUCUCUCUCUCUCUCGUUGAUUCAAUCGCAAAUUUGAAUCCUCCUCCUCGCUUUCACACCCACUCUGAAAAACAAUUUCUUCUUCAGCCCCUUCGUUACUUCAUACUUUGAAUGCAUUCGAUUCUUGUGAUAUAAACAACCUGUUUAAUCUCAACUUCAUCACCAAAUCCGCGUUUCAGAGGUCGCUACAGAAAUUCAGUGGCGAGUUUCGUAUCUGCCUUUGUAAGUGUACUAUGGAGGGUGUGUUGAUUGAGUGUGUACAGAGCAGUUUGCGACAUCUACUAUACCGCAAUGCUAUUUUCAUGUGCGAGCGGCUCUGUUCUGAGUUCCCCUCUGAGACAAACUUGCAAUUGUUAGCUGCAUGUUACUUACAAAGUAAUCAAGCUUACUCAGCCUACCAUAUUUUGAAAGGAACACAAAUGCCUCAGUCCAGAUACUUGUUCGCAAUAUCAUGCUAUCAGAUGGAUCUUCUCAAUGAAGCCGAAAUGGCAUUAUGCCCUUCUAAUGAGCCUAGUGCAGAGGUCCCAAAUGGUGCAGCUGGUCAUUAUCUUCUUGGGCUUAUAUACAGAUACACAGAUAGAUUGAAAAGUGCUGCUCAUCAAUUUAACCAAGCUUUAUCAAUAGAUCCUCUGUUAUGGGUUGCAUAUGAGGAGUUGUGCAAAUUAGGAGCUGCUGGGGAAGCAACAACAGUGUUUGGGGAAUCCGCUUCUGAAUGCAUACAAAAACAGUACAUAAGUCAUGACGUGGGCCCACAGCUGCAACAAGCAUCCAGUGAUGAUCAUAAUGUAGUUUCUGGUAGACAACAAGUGGCCGAAAACGUUAGUGCAAGGCAAUUAAGACAUUCGAAUGGCAGUAACAUUAAGGAUAAUAAUUCCUUAAAUCAUAAUGGAGCAGUUUUUUCCGGCAAUACUGUUGCUGCUGCUGCUAGCCAAUCCAAUAACGGCGUUCAUACUAGUAUAUCAUAUUAUAAUACUCCUUCCCCUAUGGCCACCCAGUUGUCAGGUGUGGCCCCACCACCAAUAUGUCGAAACGUGCUCCCAAGUGGUCCAACCUCAAGUUCUGUCGGUGCUGAUGUAUCCCCAAGAUCAACUGUCAAAUCUACCAUUCAAGCUCCUAGAAGAAAGUUUGUUGACGAGGGCAAGCUAAGAAAGAUAUCCGGAAGGUUAUUCUCGGAUUCCGUCCCUAGAAGAAGCACACGACUUGCUGGAGAAGGUGGACCCACGGCAAGUACAAGUGGGGUCGCUGUAGCUGCCGGAAACGGAACAUCUCACUCUUCUAAAUAUCCUACUUCUUCUAAGUUGGGCUCUGCAGCAUUUCGUUCUGUUACAGUUAGAAAAGGACAAUCUUGGGCUACCGAAACUUCCAAUGAAGGGGCUCGGUCCGAGAUUGAUGACUCACGCCUAAAUACUAUAGCAACCACUUCUGGUUCAUCCCCGUCGCUUGAUACUACUAGAUCUUGUGAGCAUGAUGGUUCAAUGGGCCGGAGUUCCACGAGUGUGUCAAAAGUUGGUACUGGCGCUUUAGAAGUAUUGUCCCUUUUGAAAAUCAUUGGUGAAGGUUACAGACUUUCUUGUCUGUAUCGGUGUCAGGACGCUCUUGAUGUAUUUCAGCAACUUCCUCUUAAGCAUUAUAACACAGCCUGGGUGCUCUCUCAGGUUGGAAAAGCUCAUUUUGAACUGGUUGAUUAUAUAGAAGCCGAGCGUGCCUUUAGCAAUGCUCGUUUGGCUUCUCCUUAUAGCUUAGAAGGAAUGGAUGUCUAUUCUACUGUUUUAUAUCACCUAAAGGAGGAUAUGAGGCUGAGUUAUUUGGCACAGGAGCUAAUAUCAACAGACCGCUUAGCCCCGCAGUCAUGGUGUGCAAUGGGAAAUUGUUAUAGCAUGCAGAAAGACCAUGAAACUGCGCUAAAAAACUUCCAACGGGCAGUACAACUAAAUUCAAGAUUCACCUAUGCUCACACGCUUUGUGGUCACGAAUAUGUGGCAUUGGAGGAUUUUGAAAAUGGAAUCAAAAGUUACCAUAAUGCCCUUAAGAUCGAUGCAAGACAUUAUAAUGCCUGGUAUGGUCUUGCAAUGAUAUAUCUUCGGCAGGAGAAAUACGAAUUUUCAGAGCAUCAUUUUCGAAGGGCCUUAAAUAUAAACCCUUGUUCUUCUGUUAUAAUGUCUUAUCUGGGGACAUCAUUGCAUGCAUUAAAGAGAAAUGAAGAAGCAUUAGCAAUGAUGGAGAAGGCUAUAAUAGCAGAUAAGAAGAAUCCGCUACCAAUGUAUCAAAAAGCAAAUAUUCUUGCGAGUAUGGAGGAUUAUGAUGGUGCUUUAGUUGUUCUACAAGAACUUAAAGAAUACGCUCCUCAUGAAAGCAGCGUUUAUGCAUUGAUGGGAAAGAUAUAUAAAAAACGCCUUAUGUACGACAUGGCCAUGCUUCAUUUUGGUCUAGCUUUGGAUUUGAAGCCUUCUGCAACCGAUGUUGCUACUAUCAAGGCUGCCAUUGAGAAAUUACAUGUACCAGAUGAAUUAGAAGAUAACUUGUAGAGCUCGAAUGCAAGUGGACUCGAACCGAUUUCUGUAAAAUACAUGCAUCAAGGGUUUUGAUACAACAGAUGUCAAGCCGAUCAUGGACUGAACCUCUUUAUAUCAACUCAGAGUCCUUUAGGUGUUAGAUUGAGGAGGAUGAUACAUGUAAUGUUAAAGAUUGAUAAUAUAAUCGUUUAGGCCAAUAUUGUUACCUUUUUUGUCCCAUUGAUAAUUUCCGUCUGUGUUAAUGACUAAACUCGUAGUAUAGUGUCAAGCCUUUCGAAC